UCUAAAUUGUGCUGGUGAUUGCGGAGGCAUGCAGGGGUGUUUACAAGCAGAUGACCACAGCUGAAGUGGAUUGUGAGCUUGGAGAGGUCCUGAAACUGGCCACUUUUCGAAAGGGAGGUUCAAAAUUUGAGGAGAAGAGGAGGAAUUAAGAGGGAGGACAAAAAAGGAAAAAGAAACAAGCAAAAGAACAGAGUAAGAUGAGAGAUGGCUCCUUCUUUUGUGGUCGUUGAGUUCCUUGGUGAACAUUCAGUCGCUGUUGUCCCAACCAAAUGGACAGAAGAUGAUGGAAAGAAUACCUUCUGCUAUUGGCCAAGGCCAAAUCCUACCCACUCCAGAAUCCGGAAAGCUGAGAUUCCUGACAAACAAUUCUGGGAGAGGCUGCCAAUUCGGGUUUUCAGGAAAACAUCGACUGAAGACUUUGACAAGGCCCUUCAAUACGAAAAACAAGCUAAAAUGUUUUCGAGCCCAGAAGAAGAAGUGUUAACCAAACGGAGCCACAUCACCCCUGAACGCUAUAGAAACGAUGAGGAAGAUGUGUUUGAUGCUGACGAUGAAGAGGAAAUUCGGCCAAAAAAGAAGUGCAGAAAAGAGAAAACACAGAUCUUCGUCCAGGCACCCCCACUGCCAGAGCUCCCAACCUUUAACUUUCCAAUCUCCACCGAGUUCCAGACCACUUCAGCCAAUACCAGACCACUCCAAGGCAUCCAGGCCGACCUCACAGCCCAGCGAGAAGCAGCACUUCCAGGCUCAGUCCAGACAGGAAUGCAUCCAGCUCAAGCCAGUACCAGACCGCUCAAGCCAGUACCAGACCACUCCAGCCAGUACGAAUCAGUACCAGACCGCUCCAAGAACCAACAGGAAUGCCCUUGACAGUGAACUUUUCCAGUUGAACAUGAAAGUUCAAAAUAUACUUGAGAACCAGGGAGAAAUUAUGCGCAUGCUGAGAGGGCUGGCAGCACAGUCUGUGGGGCCAGAAUCUGUGGAUGUUCAAGAUCUCAUUGAUCAGCCUUUCGAGACUCUUGAGCAGCUGAAGGCCUUCUGUGAACGGCUCGACACUGAUCUUCUGCUCAGAAAGCAGCUGGUGAAAGCUCUUGCUGCUCUAGGUGGGCAGAAUUUGGCAGACACGGUGAGGACAAUGCUGAGGAAAAUUGCCACAAACAAAGUCCUGGAGCAGCUUGGCCUCCGUGGAAAGUCAGGAAAAGUGGCGUUUGAGGACUUGCCCCUUUACAGAAUAAUAAAUAAGGCAUGCAGGGGUGUUUACAAGCAGACGACCACAGCUGAAGUGGAUUGUGAGCUUGGAGAGGUCCUGAAACUGGCCACUUUACGAAAGGGAGGAUCAAAAUUUGAGGAGAAGAGGAGGACUUAAGAGGGAGGACAAAAAAGGAAAAAGAAACAAGCAAAAGAACAGAGUGAGAUGAGAGGUAAAUGAUAAAGAUUUGGGUUUCCCUGCUUGGGCUGCUGCCCCCGCGACCCGACCUCGGAUAAGCGGAAGAAGAUGGAUGGAUGGAUUUACUUCCAGGAAGAGAACCAAGAAGGGGCAGGAUACACUGACGCGCACGACCAAGACCACUGCAUUCCAUUCCAUUUAUAAAUGAUAAAUGGGUUAUAUGUCAAAGCGCUUUGAGUACCUUGAAGGUAGAAAAGCGCUAUACAAGUAUAUACUUGUAUAGCGCUUUUCUACCUUCAAGGUACUCAAAGCGCAAUUGACAGUAUUUCCACAUUCACACACACAUUCACACACUGAUGGAGGGAGCUGCCAUGCAAGGCGCUACCAGCAGCCAUCAGGAGCAAGGGUGAAGUGUCUUGCCCAAGGACACAACGGACGUGCCUAGGAUGGAAGAAGGUGGGGAUUGAACCCCAGUAACCAACUUCUACCAACUACCAACUUCGCCACGCCGUCCCCAUUUUUGUAUUAUAUAGAUAGAUAGAUAGUACUUUAUUGAUUCCUUCGGGAGAGUUCCCUCAGGAAAAUUUAAAUUCCAGCAGCAGUGUACAAAAUUGUAAAAAGUAAAUAAUGGGGGUAUAAAUGGAGACAAAAUAGAAAAAUAUUACAAUAGAAUAAAAAUAAAAAGCAACGAUGAGAAUAAAAAUAUAACAGUAAAAUAAGAAUAUAACAAGAGAAACUAGGCAGUAGUGACCAUGUUAUGAAAAAGUAUUUCUCUGUUAUUGUUA